AUGUCCUCAGUUUCGCCCCCCCUUGUGUCCCGACGCCGCGCUGCCAACAUUCCCUCUGAUCAGAGAAGUUUGCUGGAGGGUCAAGAUGCAUGGGCAGUAGACCUAAAGAACCAGCCUCACGGUCUGGCGCACAUCCCCGGUCAUAUCUUGGAAGGAAUCAAGGCAACGCAUCUCGCUCAGAAGAAAAAAUCGAAAGAUCAAACUCCACAAUCGAAGAAACGAAGUGCUACUAGUCCUGUCCUACCAGCCAGCAACAAGCGCAUGCGAAAUGGGAUUGCGACAACUCCAAAGUCCAACUCAGAGAGAACACCUCGAUCGUCGCCUGAAAAACCAAUACCUUGGAGUCCGAGUCCGGAACGCGAUCAGCCCAAGCAGGCGGCUUCUAAAAAGAUAGCAACUGAUACGAUCACUCAAUCGUCAAUCGUACACGAGACUCCAAAGACAGCUGGAGGGCCAGGCCUGCGACUGCGACAACGACACCCAAUACCGACGUUCCAAAACCCGCCUUCAUCAGAAUCCGAAUAUGACAUGGAAACGAGAAUCCCAGAUGCCCAACCUCUCCUCAAUAUCUCAAUUAACCAAAAUGCGGUUCGUUCCAACCGAGCCGUGCCGUCUCCGCUCUCUACAAACAAACCAAUGGCUACACCACCAUGCGCCCAGCCGAGCAAUUCCACACAAACAUCAGGCCAGGAUGCAGUUGUUCCAAGCAAAACAUCUCCGGAUACGAAUCGACGGGUAGAAAGGGGCACAAGCCGGCCUCGCUUUAAGCCUAUCGUCGUUGACGCCUCCGACAAAAAAAAGAAGAAAUAUUACCCCGAGAAAGAGCGUCUUAAAGCCACAACAAUGCCCCCGGUAAUCAAUAGUUCGAGGCCGAACUCAUCAUCAGAGUCUUGCAUUCCCAGUACAUACAAAGUGCCCACGGCCCAGGAGCCUGUCAGAGAGUCUAUCGAGGACAAGGAUGAGGAAGAGAGACAGAACCGAGUGGAGGUGAUAAUACCCUCAACCGCCGAUCAAGAAGUUGUGGGAGAAACUCCUAGCCGUCGACCGGUGUCUGCCAUAAAACCAAAACCCGUCAAUGGUACCAAAACUGCUGCAAACCAGGAUAAACCGGUCAUACAACAAGUUCGGCAACAACCGGUUCAGGAACAAGUCCGGGAGCAACGGGUACAGCAACCAACUACGCCAACACCAAUGGGCCCGCCAAAACGAAUCGCAUCAACAAAUUCUCGCAAGCCUUUGGUUAACCACGAGGUGGCCAUGCAACCAUCUUCACCUGCUCUACCACUCAUAGCCCCAGGAGCUCCUUGUGAGCCGUUUGAAACAUUUGUGCAACAUUACCCCGAGUAUGCGAGUGGUGACGGUGGCCGGGUGGCAGCAGCCACCAAGGUCGACUUCAUCAACGCAUGUAUAUAUCUGAACUACCUUCGUUCAAAAAAAACACUUCGAGACUGCAUGUAUGACGAGCUAAUCCGAGUUUUCCCGCAGUACUAUAAGGAGUACUACGAUCAGACUCAGAAACAUCGCAUAAAAGCCAGGGUUGGCAUCAAAUGGUUCAACAAGCAGAGAGGCCCCCCGGUUUUCAACAAAUAUUUAGUUCACAGGGGCAAUCUUAGCCACAUCCUGAGGAUGUACCCUGAUGAGUUUGAAGCGAACGGGAAGUUGCUCGAAAAUGAGGACGGAGACGAGCUCAUGAUCUAUACGAGUUCAGAGGAUGAGGAGGAGUCAAGCGAAGAGGAAGAGGAAGAGGAAGAGAUUGCGAGUCCGGUUCUGGUGCGGCCGGAUAAGAAAACUCCAGAAGCCUCGCCGCCUGAUGCGUCUUUCGAGAGUGAAACGGAUAUGAUCCUCUCUAAGGUACUGUCAGCACAUGUAUCGGGUUCUGCGAGGAAGUUGUCUGCAGCCGUAGAAAAGGAGAAGGAGCACGAGAUGCAUUCAGAUGAAGCGCCGAGGUCAGAGCAAAGAUCAAAGCAAAAGCCAGGGAAAGCACCAGAGAAAAGACCAGAGCAGAGGCCAGAGAAAGUGUCAAAGACAAGGCCGGAGCAGAGACUGGAGCAAAGGCCAGAACGAACGCCCGACCAGAGACCAACGAAAAAACGAGCACUACCCUCGUCAUUUAAGGCUUGCGGGACCACAUUGCCAGCGCAGCCUGAGUCUUCAUGGGCCCGAGAUGUCAUCACUCAAGCACCUCCCCCACCUUCGCCCAAAAUCCCCGGAGGAUCAAUGCCACCGCCAUCAUCAAUACCAGACCCAGUACGAAGGAGGAGAAAUAAAAUCCCAGGAGCAUCAGUGCCACCAUCAUCAAUACCAGACCCAGUACCAGUACCAAGAGGGAGGGAUCCUCGACCGGUCAAUUAUUUCGAGAAGCUUGCCUCGAAGAGCCGCGCUAGUUCGGGUAGUAGUGCUAGCGGUACGUCAACAAUGGAUGAUGAUAGGAGACGGGAAAAACUCGCGAAAUACUGGCGCAAAAGUAUGUCAGUCGAAUCGCCAAAGAAAAAGGUGUUCGGAGCAGUAGUGGACAGGCGGAAAGCAGACGUUGAAAGGGGGCAAAUUUCCGGUUCUCACGAAAAGUAA